GUUGAUAAGUGAAAGGGAGACAACCCAGUUCCAAAAUGGCGGACGAGAAGUGUUCUCACGCCAGGAUGCUUCUUCAACUUGCAAGGUCUCUUGGCAUGAUUAAACCUACGCCUUGGCUCAAGGUGAGUCGGCUGCUGAAUCUGUGCCCUACAUUAUCCCGUGGAACCCUGAAGUUGGACCAGCGAGGACAGGAUGCAGUCAUUGCGCUCGGUGUUUACUUCCUGGAAUCCGGCCUGCAGUACAAGGACAAGAUACUUCCCUAUCUUCUGAAGGUGCUGCAGGGGCUAUCCAAGGCCCAGUGGGUUGAAGGGCCUCGAGGUCUUAACAAGUACAAGCUGCCGAUGCCGGAGUGUUUCAGUUUCUGCCUUAACACCAUCCUCAGUGAUGUGGCCUUUCGUGAUUCGGAACUGAAAGAUCAGAUCAUCUCUACCCAGUUGGACGUGAUGGAAGUUCUCACUAAACUAUGUGAAGGAGCAUAUGAAAUUCCUAAAGAAACACUAGCUUCGUCAAUUGUUCCAAUACUCAUUGGUAUGGCACGAGCUGUUGGACGGUCAAGUGAUGAAGAGCGUCCUCUAAUCUCCUACGUCCUCUCCAUCAACACUGGAAAGCCCUACCCAGUACAAGAGGAGAACAAUCGGACGUCCAAGCGAGCUUUCAGCACAUUUAGACCAAUCCUACCCAGAACACUUUCAUCACUUGUUAUAAGUUCCGAGAGCCCCAGCCCCAGCCCGACGAGUCCCUCCCCUACAAACUUAGACUAUGUGGAUGGCCAUCGGGAGAGGUCUCCGUCGCCGUUGUCAGUCUCGAUGAAGGAUGGGUUGAAUGUGGAGGAUAAGGUUGAUCCCGCUUCAACAUACUUCAACAAAGUUGGAUCAAGCUUCACUCGGACGAAACCGUGGGGAUUUGAAAUUAUUCCGGAACAAGAUCAUUUACCAUUUUCCAGCGCCCAUCUGCAGACUCUUGUCAGUGUGGCCAAACGGUUGCUAGGCAAGGAUGUGCUGAAGAACCUGGACACGAUGGUGCAUGACGUCCUCACAGAUUCGUCACAUAAGUGUAUCAACCUGUCACGGUUCCCAUACAAGUCUUACAGUGAGACGAUCACGGUUGUCAUCGUCACUCUACUUCGAGAUGUGCUGGAACAGGAAAAAGGUAGACUGCAGACUCGAUCUGCGCUGUCCUUCAUGAAGGAGAUCGAAGACUUUGUGAAGAUGUUGUAUCAGUCAGGUCAGCAUGACCUGGAGAAGAAGCACGUCCAUGCUCACAAGGAACUGGACAAGGUGUGGGAUUUCAACCCCUACCAGCUGACUGUCUACAGCAAUGCUGCAUGUGUAGACCUGCUCUUCUGGGCCAUCAGAGGGGAGUCAGAGGCCGAGAACCUGUGUAUGAAGCUGAGCGAGAAGAUCAGUAUGAACACAGAGAGGAAGCUGCUACUGUCUCACACACCCCUCAUCCUGGUAGCACUCGAGGCUAUAGGCAAACUAGCUGUGAAGUUCCCCAACCUUGCCAGCACAAUGGUGUCCACGCUGCGAGACUUCCUCGUCAGCCCCUCGCCCAUCCUCAGUAAGCUGAACAAGUACGCCUCAUCAGAGAGUGGGUCUGGCAACAUCAAGAUCACAGUGACGGAUGAGAGUAAGCCCACUGUGACCACACCCAAGAAGAAACCUGAGAAAAACAAACUGCUAGCCACACUGGAGAACCUGCGUGACAACGCUAUUCACAACAUCUGCAGGGCCCUGAAGGCCGGCCUCCAAGAGGACCCUGACUGUGUUCAGGCCUUUCUGGCCUCCCUUUCCAACAGGCUGUACCGUGCCGAGAUGAGUGACAGAGCUGUGAGCAAGUCUGCAGAGGCCCGCUGGCAGCAACUCAAAAUGGUGCUGAAAUUUGUGCGCCCCAGUUCAUCUGAAAUCAGCCCCAAGGAUGUAGACAGGGAAUCGACACUGAUCUCCACCAACACGAUCUUGACACUGGGGCACCUGGCUGUGGGGUUGAAGGACAUUCCAAAGACAGUGGAGUCCAUCCUCCAGAUCUUCCUGCAGCGCUUCUGUUCCCCUCCCUCGCCCCUGGAUGUGCUCAUCGUGGACCAGCUAGGAUGUAUGAUCAUGACUGGAUGUUCCGGGAUCUACCAGGAGGUGCUGAGUCUGUUCAGCCAGAUCAGCGUGGAGAGCAGCUCCCCCUACAGCAGGGACAAGGAUGAGAAGUUAAGGGGCUACCGACAGGUGUCUCAGUCCGUGAUCAACGCCUUCGCCAACAUCGCAGCCAACAUCCAGGGUGAGAGUGAGCAGCUGGAUCUGCUGGGCCGACUGCUGGAGCUGUUUGUACAGAUGGGUCUGGAGAGCAAGCGGGCCAACGAGAGGAUCUCUGAGACUAUGAAGGCAUCAAGCAGCGUUGGGAACCUUGGGGUGUUGAUCCCAGUCAUUGCGGUGUUGACAAGAAGACUGCCUCCUAUCCGUGACCCGAACCGCCGCCUCCACAAGCUGUUCCAGGACUUCUGGCAGUACUGUGUAGUGAUGGGCUUCACCGAAGAGGAGUCAGGGUUCUGGCCCCAGGACUGGUACGAGGCUGUGUGCGAGAUAUCCACCAAGUCACCACUGCUCAUCACAAGAGACCAUCUUCGUAAGGAGCUCAAGUACAGUGCUGCUCUCCGCAAUGAUACAGUUGGUCAGGCUGAUGUGAAUGGGUUCAGGAUGAAGAUCUGCACCGUCCUGGACAACCCACCAGAAGUUGUGCCCAUCAUCAACAGACUGAGCUUUGCCCAGCUGACGUAUCUUAUGUCUGUGUACAAGCUGGAGACCCUCAGAAUCAUGCAUUCCAAUGACCUGUAUGCAUUCCACGGCUUGUUUGAAUACCUCCAGGACAAGACUCUCUACAAAGACAAAGACAGCAUGUGGCAGUGUAUCCUGAUCGUAGCAGAGAAAGUGUUCGAGAGAUUUCUGGACGUCAUUGCAGCUAAGCCUCGGACCGAGGAGCGUGAGAAAGAGCUGGACAUCCAUGCACAGUUCUUGCUGGUCAAGUUCAACCACAUACAGAAGGCCAUCCGAAGAGUAGCCGACAAGUUCCUUUCAUAUCUUGUAGACAGGUUUCCACAUCUGCUGUGGAGCGGGACGGUGUUGAGGACGAUGCUGGACAUCCUCCAGGUUCUUUCCAAGUCUCUUGAGAUGGAUCCUCACCAAGAUGCUCCUGAGAUGCCCAUCCCAAACACCAGGUACAAGCUGAGGGUGAUGGACACCAUGGUAGACAGAGAGACAACGGUGAAGGAUUUCGCCGCCCGCAGUGCAGGAAUCCUGCAGGAGUCGAUGAAGUGGGCGCCCAACGCCACGCGGUCCCACCUGAUAGAAUACCUGCUACAGCAGGACAACUCCUCCGAGGGGCUGUUCCAGCACAGUGGUCUCGCCCUUGCCACAGAGAGCGUCCUCAACUAUGCCGGCUACAACCAGAAUGCUGCACCACUCGGGACAGCCACACUGGACCGGCGCCCGACUUGUGUAAACACCGACAGCUCCAACUUCAUGGCUAACCUCAGUCUCAGAAGCAGAUACCUCGGGGAGGUGUCAGGGAUGUUGAGCAUCAGUGAUAGUGAGGAGGAACUGGCUAAGACACUGUGCAAGAAACUGGAGGCAGCACUGGUGGAUUCUAAGUCAGAUGAGGCCUGCAAGCAGGCAAUGCUUCGAAUCUGUUCACUCCAGAUUACCACAAAAAACUUGAGUCGACAUCUCCUCCACGCCCUGUGCUGGACACCAGUGCGUCACUUCAAAGAGAAGAUAAUGGAGAUCAGUGUUGCAUGCUGGGAGUGGUUGUUAGCUGCCAGGUCAAACCUUGCCAUAGAGUUCCUGUGCGAGAUGGCGGCAGCAUGGCAGAUGAGUAUUGACCUGAAACUGGGGAUAUUUGAGGAGGACAAGCCCAUCCCUGACCCCCUGGCACGACGAGAAGAUGAGAUUCUGUCUCCCAACCCACCCUAUGUCAUGCCUCACCAGAUCUGGACAAAGUUUCUUGCGGAGAGACUGGAGAUUGCCAAGUACAGCAACGCCUCCCAAGUGGACAUCUUCCUGACUCUGCUGAACAAGUCCCUCCCAGUCAGUGUAGGGAAGAAGCCGGGCAUCAUCUCCAGGCACACCGCAGCAAUAGGACCCAGAGUCAGACUUCUGUCGAUGGGUCUCUCACUUCUCCAAGGUGAUCUACUCCCAAACACAUCAGCCAAGAGUGUUCUCAGAGAACGCAUCUACGCCUCAACUCUUGACUUCUUUUGUGGCCCCAUCAUCUGCCCGUCACAGAAAGGGUCUGACCUGAGAGAGGACAUCAUCACCCUCAUCAAGUUCUUCCAGCUGAUUCACGCUGACAAGAAGUAUCUCACCUCCAAUGUCAUGACCUUUGGAUAUGAGGAAUCGGCCAGCACUGCCAACACUCUGACAAUCAGCGGCAUGGCCACGGACAUGAGAUCCCAGACCGGAAGCUGGAUGAACACAAUCAAGAGUGGAUCCUCCACGUACUCCAAGAGAUCUGCAAGUGCCAGGAAGAACCAUGCCGCCGGCACGAGCCUCGUCAAGGACUACAUGAAGAAGAGAAACCUUAUUCUGUCCCUUGUGUCCAGCACUGUGGAUGCCCUGAUCACCCAUCACAACCCCCUGGAGCUGCCCGAGAUGAAGAUCCCUGACGAGGAGAAGAUCACUGCCUGGAGGGUCUCACCAUUCACAGAGAAACAGUGGCGGGAGACAGCCAGGAUAGCCUGGGACAUUUCACCUGCCCUGGCCGUCUUUCUGCCUUCUAGGUUCCGUCAGUCUGAGGCGCUGGUGAAGGAGGUGACUCGCCUGGUACGGACCAACCCGGAGGCCGUGUGUCACAUCCCAGAUGCUCUCAGCUUCCUCGUCACUGCCCAGAGUGUUGAAGCUGAUGCUCCAGAGCUGACUCACAUGAUGACCUGGGGAAUUGUCUCCCCUGGCCUGGCACUCUCCUACUUCUCUCGGUUGUACCCUCCACAUCCACUCACGGCCCAGUUCGCUGUUAGAGUUCUGCGAUCUCAUCCAUCUGAAGCCUUGCUGUUCUAUAUACCACAGAUAGUCCAGGCACUCCGAUAUGACCCGAUGGGCUACAUGUACGAGUUCAUCAUGUGGGCGGCCAAGACGUCCCAGCUGCUGGCCCACCAGCUGCUGUGGAACAUGAAGACUAACAUGUUCAUGGAUGAGGACUCCACCAUCAAAGACGAGGAGAUCGGAGACAAGCUGGAGGCCCUGAUGAGUGAGAUCACAAAAUCAUUAGCAGGUCCUGCUCUGCAGUUCUAUGAGAGGGAGUUUGACUUCUUUGGGAAAAUCACAGCAAUUUCUGGAGACAUUAGGCCCUACCCCAAAGGUCCAGAGAGAAAUGAAGCAUGUUUGAAGUGUCUGAGUAAAAUUCAGCUGCAGCAAGGGUGCUACCUACCAUCCAAUCCCGAGGCCAUCGUUACUGAGAUUGACAAGAAAUCUGGCACUCCCAUGCAGAGUGCUGCAAAGGCCCCCUACCUAGCCAGGUUCAAGGUGAAGCGUUGUGGUAUCCACGGCCUCGAGAGACUGGCUCUAGGGGACAAUCAGGCUCUGGCGAAGGACUCCAUUGUCCCGGAAUACUGGCAGGCCUGCAUAUUCAAGGUCGGAGAUGAUGUCCGACAGGACAUGCUGGCACUACAAGUUAUAGGAAUGUUCAAGAAUAUCUUUGAGCUGGCGGGAUUGGAGCUCUACCUGGCUCCAUACAGAGUCGUUGCCACAGCUCCAGGGUGCGGUGUAAUCGAGUGUGUGCCAGACAGCAAGUCACGUGACCAGAUCGGGAGACAGACGGACAUCGGCAUGUAUGAAUAUUUCAUAGCCAAAUAUGGAGAUGAAUCUUCACCAGAGUUCCAAGCUGCUCGACAUAACUUCGUGGUCAGCAUGGCUGCCUACAGCAUCGUCAGCUACCUGCUGCAGAUCAAGGACCGACACAAUGGAAACAUCAUGCUCAACAGCAAGGGACACAUCAUCCACAUCGAUUUUGGCUUCAUGUUUGAAAGUUCCCCAGGAGGAAAUCUUGGCUGGGAGCCAGACAUCAAACUGACAGAGGAGAUGUUGAUGAUCAUGGGUGGCACGAUGGAAGCUCCGUCCUUCCAGUGGUUCAUGGAGUUGUGUGUGCAGGGAUACCUAGCAGUCAGGCCAUACCAAGAGGCGAUCAUCUCCCUUGUGUCGCUGAUGCUGGACACAAGACUGCCAUGUUUCCGGGGACAAACCAUCAAGCUUCUCCGGAGCCGCUUCGCCCCACAGGCCAAUGAGAGAGAAGCGGCCAACUUCAUGCUGAAGAUCAUCCGAGACUGCACCCUCAACUGGCGGGGUCGCACAUACGACAUGCUUCAGUACUAUCAGAACCAGAUUCCUUAUUAAUUCACUCGGCGCCGGAGAAUGGGAUGAAGUAGUUUCGUUCAAGACUCCAUCUGGAGCAUCUGUAGAUACAAUGUAUAGAUAUUUAUUGUGGUGUGUGAAGUCAAUGGAAAUAUGGAUUCCGUUGCCUGUUAUCGGAAUGUGCAGUGUGUCACACAGUACUAGAUAACAUGUGACAUCUCUGUGAUCGUUCCUGUGUAUAUUUGUAUAUGAAAUACUUUUGGAAUCAUGUAGAAACAAGUGUUAUGUCAUCAGUACUUGUUAUUCAUUUUGCAAAUGACACCAAAUCAUUUAGUCCCAUAUUGAAAAAAACAGCAUCAUUUCCACAGUAAGAAAACUCAGGUAGGUUUAUCUCAUAAAGGCUAGAAUUUAUGGAUGUCAACUUCUUUAUUUGAGGAACACAACGUUUCGGGAUAAUGUCACUCCUUCAUCAGGUGAAUGAAUCUAUGGAUGUCAACUUCUUUAUUUAAAGAAUGAUUCACCUGAACGUCAUGUUCCUCAAAUAAAGAAGCUGACAUCAAUAAAUUGUUGCCUUUAUAUGUAUCACUUCUAAAUACCAUUCAAAGACUAGGUGUCUCCCAAAUGAACAUACCUGUCACAGCAUACCCCAGCAGAGCAUUCCCCUUGUUGUUACAACUUCCUCAGUGUUUUGUCUGCCUGGAGAGCAGUGAUGGAGUUUCAAUCUCUAUUUGGUCAUACCAAAGAUUGUUGAAAAAAUAUCACUUGUCACUCAGGAAAACCAAGAUCUAUGGAUAGUCUACUUUCAUAUUGCAAUGAGUGUGACAUUUAGGUGUAGUGCACUUGCUAGUUAUAUUAGUACCAACACGGAAACGUCACACUCAUUGCAAUAAAGAAGUUGACUAUCAUCGUUUUCCUUCAUCUUUACAACUUCAAAAAUGCCUCUCAAAGAAAUUUGUAGCUCAGCCUCAUGCCAAAGUAUGUUACAAAUAGCACUUGCUUGUAGCCUGGUGCUUGGCAUUAAGGGAGGACAACAGACUCAUGAACUCCAAGUCAGGAUACUGUGUCAGUCGCCUUGCACCAAUAAACCGGCAUUAGUCUGGACAGGAGCAAAGUGACACGUAUGCAUAUCGCUGUAUAAGUUCAGUAGUCUUAGACACAACUUUUAUAUCCAUCUCACCUCACUGUCUAGUCUGCAAUGAAAUCCCCCUCUGUAAACUUGUACAUAUUUCUUCAAGAUGCGGCUGUGAUACAGUGGUUUUUCAGUAUGUUUUAUCAAUGUGUUUUAUAUGUUACACUAUGAAUCAUGUUAUUGUUGAACUGUUUCCAUAGUUAGUGUGUACCCUUGUUUCCAGUCACUAGAAACGACAUUGCAGUUUUACAAAUAUUACAGCAACAAAAAUCUAUGUAAAAGUCUAACUCAUAAUUUAGUUGAUAUAUGGACAAAUUUUUAGUAUUUUCUUCUAAUUGUGUGUUAGCUUUGAUUGUACCUGACAUGAAUUCUGUUAAUGUACCUUUAGUAAAAUAUUGAAACAAAUACAAUGUCAUUUAGACAUUGAUGUAUAAAUGCUGUUAUUUAAUGCUGAUAAAUAAUGAUAUUUAACAAUAAUUUUGAUUGACCACUCCCUUGUCACAGCAGUCCACUGAUUGGUCAAAAUAGGUCGAGCUUCAUGUCGACACCAGGUGUUGAGAUGCUCAGAGAUGGAUUAGUGAAGAGUGAGCUGUAUUCGUUAAUAGCAUUGGUCAGAGGGUAACUACAAUCAUUCUUUUGUUUUAGCUGUGAUAUUAUAUUAUUUUUUGUUUCACAUUUUUCUGUUUUUAUGUACGUAUGUCCAAGACACAGUCUAUGUCUACAAGCACUACUGUAUGGUAGCAUUGUAACAGGCGAUGCCAAUUGGUUAUAUGUUUUCAGGUUUUAAUUACUCACUUUGUUAAUUUCAACACCAUGUGGAUCCUUUUGUCCAAUACAUCAAAACUAACCUGAUGAGGAAGUCAACGGUCAUUUUAGUUUUAAGGACAGACUUGUUUGCCAUCCAUUGUUGAAAAUUUGUUGAACUGAGUUCCCAGAGAGAGUACGUAGCAGUAUGGACACUAAAUAACAAUAACACUAAUUCUAAAUAAGCAGGACAGACACAGGUCCUUGACAUAUUUUCAGUGUUAAGAUUCUAUUUUAUUUGAGGGGCAGUGGGGUAACCUAGUGAUUGAAGUAUUCACUUGUCACCCCGAAGACCUCACUUGCUCAUUUUUUGUUUGAGUCAGUUCCUAGUUAGAAUAGUAUCGAAGACCUCAAGGACCGCAGGACCCAGCUUAGUUUUCAACUCCAUGUGUGUGUAGUAUAUUUUGUCCUGUUUGUUUCGUCACCAGUUCGGAUUCAGAAAGACUCUCUUUGAGCGACACUCAACAAAAUGGCCUGUUCAUUAGGAUGUCAUACUGCAUAAUGAAGUGUACAGUAGUUGUGAACUGUACAGUCCCUGUCAGUCGCUGUGUACCCGACGCCAUCAAGACAAAUAUCAUGGUUUAACCGAGAUAGUUCUGGACACAAACUCGUGUCUGGAUUAACAGGAUCUCUGAUGCUCAUCUGGUGGUAGCCUAGUGGUUAAAGUGUCCGCUCAUCACACCGAAGACCUGUGUUCGAUUCCCUUCAAUGUGUAGGUGCUCAUUUCUGGUGCCCCCCGCUGUGAUAUUGCUGGAAUAUUGUAAAAAGCGGCGUCAAACCAUCCUCACUCACUCACUCACUCUGAUGCUCAUGUUAACUAGACACUGGACUUAAUUUCAAUCUCCGAAUGCACAUUGAUAUUAAAGUAGAUUUGAAAUUAAUGCAUACAAUGUGCACACAAGAUACAAUGUCCCAAGUAUGCUAAAUAAAAAUUGAAGGCAUUAUAAGAUAUGUGAUGCCUUACAUGAGUGGUCAGGAAUUUGCCAGUAACCUAUUGUCAUGGGUUGGAAUUGCAGCAUUUACCUCGGUCCCGAUCCACAAAGCAUUCCUAACGUUACAACCUGUCGUAACUCUUUCGUUUAUCGUAGGCUUACGAAUGGCAUAGCACUGGGAACAUUUUGUGGAUCGGAACCCUGAUACUUUGUUGAAUGUACUCUAUUUGCUAGGUCCGAUUUGCUUAUAUAUGUUUCUUGGUUUGUCCAGUAGUCCAUGCUCAUGUGCUAGACCAAAGACGUAAACGUCUAACACAUGCAUCACUUUGGGCUUUCCUUCCACAUGAAGCUGACAUGCCUUAUAUACCUCAAAUACUGAUUAAAACAGCUUAAAAC